GAGAAAGAGUAUUAAAAGGUCACACUCUUUUUGUCAUGUUUCUCCAUCACCUCACGCAUUUACAUACUCACAUGAACAACAUUCAACACUUCAAACCCUAAUUUCACUUCUUCAUCCUCAUAAACUCAAACAUUCCGUUAAAUCUGUUCAUUCUACAGUGUAAACAAAUUGAUGGAGUUAAUGCUUGGAAAGUCAGUGAUUAUUGGGUUACAUUACUGACCUAGUGGUAUUAUAGAGUACUGCAUAUGUUGUUUGACUGUUUCUCUCUCUAAAAUAGGCGCACACGUUUUUUGAACAAGUUUUGUUUGUGUGUGUGUGUGUGUGUUGGAUGAGAAAGAGGGAGAGGAAAAGGGGAGACGAUGGGGCGAUUACCGUGUUGCGAUAAAGGUGAGGUGAAGAAAGGCGCGUGGACUCCGGAAGAAGAUAAGAUACUUGUUGAUUAUAUAACGAAGAACGGUCAUGGCACGUGGCGUUCGUUUCCUAAACUUGCAGGUCUUCGACGAUGUGGAAAAAGUUGUCGGCUUAGGUGGACAAACUAUCUUCGGCCUGAUAUUAAACGAGGCGCCUUCAGUUAUGAUGAAGAACAGAAAAUCUUCCAGUUGCACGCCUUGCUCGGUAACAAAUGGGCAUCCAUCGCAUCACGCUUGCCAGGAAGAACAGAUAACGAGAUAAAAAACUACUGGAACUCCCAUUUAAGAAAACGUAUCCCCGACAAAGACACUGCGACCCUACAAGCCAGCUCAGCGUCCACGUCAGCGGAUAUAAAACCCAAUCUGCUGUCAACUGCAGAACACGAGAGCGCCAGUGUGGAGGCCGAUGCCAGGCUGUCGAUGGAUCCAAUCCUUCACACCUCACCACCUGGACUACCCGAUUGCGACUUCUUUCUUCGUGCAUGGAAUUCUGAAGCCGGUGAAUCAUUUCCAAAAGCACACGCGAUAAAAGUCGAGUCUGAUUAUGUGGUGGGACCCGCUUUCAACGCCAGCUCGAGUGGCGCAUCUGUUGAUGAAAUCUGCAAGAUUGAAGCUGAAGACGCAACAAACAGUGGUUCGUAUUCGCCAAACUCGUAUAAAGUGGAUAAAUCGUCGGACAUAACAUUGGACCUGCUGCUUGAUUUUCCGAAUGACGGUGAAUACCUACAAUAUCUACAAGGUGACCCUGAUGAUAAUAAAGCCUCUACUUGACAGGAACAGGAAGAGCUUUGUUGUCGUCCACCGCGGUCGGUGGUGGUGGCGGCUCCGCCGGACACUCGGGUUGAACCUCCACCUUGUUGACUUCUUCUGCCACCAUGUCUGUUUUAGAAGAGGUUAUGAAAGUGAAGGGUUUAGGUUGUGUUGGUGUGGGGUAUUGGCGGUUUGUGAUGGUUAUAUAUAGUGUGCACGACUUAGAAUGAGCUGGAAACAUCUGCCAUUUAACAGACUGUUUGUUCCUUGUGUUUGUUUAUUAAUCGAUUUUUUCUAUUG